CUGUAAUCUACAAAUAAAGGAAAUAUUCUUAAUCAUAUAAACUAUCUUGUCGGUUUAACCAUAAUAGUAGUUAGUCAUAAGAUUUUUAUAUAUAUGCUUGAUAUUAAUUAAAAUUUAUUGUAAAAUCCUUGUUUUUUUUUAUUCUAUAUGUAGUUUGUAAAAUACAUAUAAGAAUUCCAAUUACUUGUUGCUAAUGAUUAAAAAUAUCAAAAUUAUCUUAUACACGAUAUGGUAUGAUUGCUCUUAUAUCUGCGUUGUUCUACAAAAAGAAGAAAAAAAGAAACGGUUGAUUACUUAACAAAUUCCGAGUUUGUAAUGUCAACAAAUGGGGAUAAUAAGAGAAAAAUUCAUAUCUGUAAUCUAUGCAAUAAAGAACAAGAUAUUAGUAAAACACAUAAUAAAGGAUCAUGCUGUUGUUCUUGUAUACCAGAAAAAUAUGAUUAUAUAGAAGAUGUAGUAUGUAAAGAAAAUGAUAUUAGUGAAAAUGAAAUGAAAGUGGUAACUCUUGGGAAAAAUGAUGCUAAAGUUUUACUAGUAAAACAAAAAGGAGAAAUACAUGCACUUGGAACAAAAUGUACCCAUUAUGGAGCUCCAUUGCAUACAGGUGCAUUAAGAGACGGAAUAGUAAGAUGUCCAUGGCAUGGAGCAUGCUUCAAUAUCAAAACAGGUGAUAUAGAAGAUUAUCCAGGAUUAGAUUCUUUACCUUGUUAUAAGGUAACUGUAGAUGAAGCAGGACUUGUGCAUGUCAAGGCAAAAGUUAAAGAUUUAGAAAUUAAUAAACGAGUUAAAGAUAUGUGUGAAUAUGAUGUUACAAAUUCAAAAACAACUUUAAUUAUUGGUGGAGGUCCUGCAGCUGCAACAUGUGCUGAAAGCUUACGUCAAGAAGGUUUUACAGGAAAGAUUAUUUUAAUCAGUAAAGAAAAAGUAUUACCUUAUGAUAGAGUGAAAGUAUCUAAAGUAAUGAAUUUUGAUGUGAACAAAUUUUCUUUAAGACAACCAAGUUUUUACAAUGACCACAAAAUUGAAACAAAACUAGGCCGAGAAGCUAUAGGUCUGGAUACAAAUCAAAAUAUUAUUACGCUUGACAAUUCUGAAACAUUAAAAUAUGAUUACUUAUUCCUUUGCACUGGCUGCAAAGCAAGAGUACCUGAUUUAUCAGGAGUGAAUUUAGAAAAUGUUUUCAUAUUACGCAAUUAUACUGAUUCACAUGCUGUACAACAAGUAUUACACUCUAAUAAACAUUUGGUUAUAUAUGGAUUAGGUUUUAUUGGUAUGGAAGCAGCUUCUUAUUGUAUAGAUAAGUGCGCAUCUGUCACCAUCGUAGGACGAGAUAAAGUACCUUUAGAUACAAUUUUUGGUACAGAGAUUGGUAAUAGAAUUAGAGAGGAAUUUGAAACAAAAGGUAUUAAAUUUAUAUUUAAUAAUACUAUAUCAAAGUUUCUUCCUAAAGAAGGCAAUGAUAAUAUAUUAGGCAAAAUUGAACUGUCUAAUGGUAAUAUUCUUGAAGCAGAUAUAUGUAUUAUUGGAAUAGGUACAACAUUUUAUACAGAUUGGUUAAAAGAAUCAAAAAUUAAGAUGUUGGAUAAUGGUGGUAUUAUCGUAGAUAAGUAUUUGAAAACAAAUAUAGAAAAUGUAUAUGCUGGUGGUGACAUAGCUUAUGCUCCAGUAUUAGGUUCUGAUCAUAUUUCAGCUACUAUUGGCCAUUAUGGCUUAGCUCAUUAUCAUGGUAAAAUAGCAGCUUUAAAUAUUUGCAACAAAGAAACAGUUUUAUACAGCGUCCCAUUCUUUUGGACUACUUUAUUUGGAAAGAGUUAUAGAUAUGCAGGAUAUGGCAAAUCAGAUAAAGUGAUCAUUUAUGGUUCUUUAGAAAACUUGCAAUAUUUUGCUUAUUAUGUAAAAGAUGGUAAAAUAAUAGCAAUGAGUAGUGUUGGAGCAGAUCCAGUUGUAGCAGAUUUUGCAAAUUUGUUGGCAGAGAAACAAAUCUUAAUGGAGGAUGAUAUUAAAAACAAUCCUUUUGGGUGGAUGUGUAAUAAAACUAAAGAUGUAAUAAAUAAAUUCCAACUAUUACAUGUUUAAUA